CUCAUAUUUCACGAAAGGUGCUAGAAUUUUCUGUUUUUUUGGACUUUUAUAUCUUGAGAAGGAAACAUUCUUUUGAGCUGAAAUUUUCAGAACAUUCUACUCACAACUAGACCUGUCUAUGGACGAAAUCUCAACCCGAAAUAUCGUCAUUCGAUUGGUUGGUAAAUACCAUGCCAUAGGCUAAAAUUCCAGUAAAUUCCCUAUAAUUCUGGACAGAAGGUCUAAGGGCCGUUAUCCUUUUGGGGUUUUUCAUACCUCACUGGGGUCUACCUUAUGCACAGAGUCCGAACUCAAAGGUGGUUGGACAGUUGGGGACCUUCCCUCGUCAGUAUCUUCUGUAGUAGUAAACUAAGAAUACGAAUUCUUUUCAGGGUAUCCAUAGCUCAUUUGACUAUAAAUAAUACUCGUAAUCUCAAUUGAAAAGUUGGAGGAGACUUUCCUCGUUAACAUUAUGGAGAAAUAACUUCGAAUGACUCAGAAAAUACCUAACACUUCGUUCGAGAACAAUAAACAUUGAAUACGAAUGUUUAGUGAACUUCUCUAAUUUAUUAUGAAGCCAUAUAUGAGAAUAAAUAGUAGUAAUAACUUUAAAAAUAUCUUAUAAUUCAUGGCAAUUCUUUUUUAUUUAUUUUGUAACAUUUGUCUACUUCAGUUUUUGCUAUUUGAAAAUAAAUAUAAUUUUUUGUUGAUCAGCGAGGUCAGAAUUAUAUGUCUGUAAACUGAGGUGUAUGUAGAAAGUGAAAUAGAAACUAUCUAAUUCUGUCAAACAUCAUGCGAGUAAUAGUUGCUGUCGCAAUUUUAUCUCAUCUAAUUUGAAUUUAAAAUUUUUUCUAUUUUAAUUUUUAUUAUUUUUAGGAUUCCUAUUCCAGUAGCUUAUAGUCUUUAUCUCUAUCGUUAUAAAACCAAACGAGAUUAUAUGGAUUUUGCAUUUACAUUUUUAUUAACUAAUAUUCUUGGUUUUGUUAUUUAUUAUAUAGUACCAGCAGCACCACCUUGGUAUAUUGAAUUAUAUGGUUUUGAUUUUAAUUUAAAUGUACCUGGUAAUCCAGCUGGUUUUAUACAUUUUGAUCAGAUAACAGGCUUAAAAGUUUUCUCAUCAAUGUACUCAAAAAAUGCAAAUGUAUUUGCUGCUAUACCAUCAUUACAUGCAGCAUAUCCAUUAAUAACAGUGUUAUAUGGUUCAUUAAGUAAAAAACUUUGGCUACAUAUUGCAUUUGUUUUAUUUACAUUUUGUGUUUGGUUUUCUGCGGUUUAUUCUCGUCAUCAUUAUGUAAUUGAUGUUUUAGCUGGUGGAUUAUGUGCUAUAACAGCUUAUAUACUUUAUCGUCUUUUAUCUCGUAUACCACCAAUAAAUAAAUUACUUAAUGCAUACACUCGACGUGCUGCUCGUGAAAAUCAACAAUCAUCUGAUAUAGUUCAACCAAUAAAACCACAUUAUGAAGUUCGUAAAUUUAUUAAAAUUGGUCGACCAGGUUACAAAGUUACAAAACAACGUGAUCCAGAUACAAAACAACAAUCACUUCUUUUUCAAAUUGAUUAUCCUGAAAUAUCAGAUAAUAUUGUACCUAAACAUCGUUUUAUGUCUGGUUUUGAACAACAUGUUGAAGCACCUGAUCGUCGUUGGCAAUAUUUACUUUUUGCUGCUGAACCUUAUGAAACGAUUUCAUUUAAAAUUCCAAGUCGUGAAGUUGAUAAAUCUGAAGGCAAAUUUUGGACAUAUUAUAAUACAGAAACAAAACAGUUUUUUCUUCAAUUCGCUUUUAAACUUGAAUCAAAUAAAUAUUCAGGUGAUCAUUCAUCAUCAAAUGCACGAUCAUAUGGUCCACCACCACCUGCACCACCUAGUUCAUUACGUGGUUAA